UGUGGAUAUUAAUGCAUAGCCAGUUUAACAAGAAAAACCACAGGCUACUUUAUUGCUGAAUAGUAAGUUGUGCUUGGUUUGGUAUGGCAUGCACACAGCAGGUCAGAAGAAUUUGUACAAAAGGGGCCGCUCUGUCUCAGGUCUGUUAUCUGUUAAAUUUAACCAGCAGAUGUUUUCGAAGAGAAAACAGGAGAAAGCAAAGGGUGCCGAGAAUAGUGUCAGAGAGAGAAGAAAAAAAGAGCGCUGUGGGUUAACUCAUCAGAGAAACAAGUGUUUUCACAACCAAGAUGGCCACCUUUGACAACAAUGAGUCCACCCUAUUCAAUACCAGUGCCUUCUACUGUAAAUUUCAAGAAGAUUUUAAAUAUAUUCUGCUUCCUGUCAGCUAUGCCCUGGUCUUUGUAAUUGGCCUGGCGCUGAACGCCACAGCGUUGUAUGUGAUUGUGUUCCGUACUAAGCGCUGGAAGCCGUCCACUAUCUACAUGUUCAACCUGACGAUGUGUGACACUCUCUACAUCUUCACUCUGCCCUUCCUCAUCUAUUACUAUGCAGAUGAGAAUGACUGGCCCUUCAGUGAACCGUUCUGCAAGCUCAUACGCUUCCUGUUUUAUGCCAACUUAUAUGGUUCCAUUCUGUUCCUGUGCUGUAUCAGUCUGCACCGGUUUGUGGGUAUCUGCUAUCCAGUCCGCUCCCUCCACUGGGUCAGCGCUCGUCAGGCCAGGCUGGUAUCUGUGGCAGUGUGGGCCUGUGUUUUAUUCUGCCAGGCACCUGUUCUCUACUUCUCAAGAACUAGGGAUGUGGACGGAGAACGGGUCUGCUACGACACGACCAGCCCGGAGCUUUUUGAUGACUUCCUAGUGUACAGCUCAGUUGUGUCAGUUCUCAUGUUUGCCCUGCCCUUUAUGGUGGUGAUGGUGUGCUAUGGCCUCAUGGUGCGGAAGCUUCUAGAGCCUGGCUGGGGGUCCGAAGGGGGAAUUGAGGGGCGAGAGGGGGGCCUGGCAGCCCACCGUUCCAAGCAGAAGUCAGUGAAGAUGAUCAUCAUCGUGCUGGCAGCGUUCAUGCUGUGCUUCCUCCCCUUCCACCUCACCAGGAGUCUGUACUACUCCUUUAGAUACCUAAGGCAGGUCAAUCCAGCACAGAUCAGCUGUAGUUUGCUGGAGGCCUCCAGUGUGGCCUACAAGGUGACCCGACCUUUUGCCAGCGCCAACAGUUGUCUGGACCCUAUCCUUUACUUCCUGGCUGGGCAGGACGCCCGCAGCAACCUCACCAAGAAGAAAAAGUCAGCUUUAGUGAAACCAACAGGUGUGAGCCAAAGCUUAACAACGCAACUCUGAUCCAAUACUUCAAAUCUUGGAAAAAGUUUAUGAGGACAAGUCUUGUACUAUGUAUGGAGAAUGCACUUUUAAAUCUUAAAUGUCCGCCGGUUGUCUGUUUAGCAAGCACACAGGACCUUUGAAUCUCUCUAUCUCGCAAGUGUGGAGUUAAAACCAGGGAAACACUUUAAAAUCCUACUGCAAAAAGUCUUAGCAUAAUUCAUUUAUCACUUGAGAGUUUUACAAAGUACAGUGGAGCACACUCUUAACAGGUCUAGGCUGUAUUACAGAAACUUCCUAACGUGCAGCUACUGUUUUAAGUCUUUGGUAACCUUUAGACUUUCAAUGUAUAUUUCAGUAUUUAGGAGUUCCUCACCUGAGAUAAGAUAGGAUGAAAUAAGAUAAGGAUUUCUAAAGUUAGGAUUUGCUUCUCUGAUACCAAACUGAGAAAAAGACCCUUUCUAUCCUAACUUAAGAUAGGAUGUUUCUGUAAUAAAGCCACUGUAAUUACAUGUUCAGAUCUGACCAAAUGUAAAAAUCUAAUAUAUAGUACAGUUACGAUGACUGCAGGUUAUAAAUAAACAUCUAAAUCAUUUAGUUCAUUCCUAAAUAAAGACAUUAAAAGGAUUUCUAGAGAUUAUAUUUUUAUUUAUGUUUGAAAUGCCACAGUAUAAUGUAGGGACAGAACUAAACUACACAGUUCUCAAUAGCUGGGUUUUGUUGAUUCUAACACCUGUUGUUUGAAUGUCUGUAUAGGAACAAAAAGGUUUUCCUCAGCUCUCCUUACUCUGAGCCACAUAUCAGACAAAAAUAGCGUGUGUGUGUGUUCAGCAACUUUUAUGGUUUUUGAGGUUUAUUUUGAAUGUCCCAUAGUAGUAUGUGCUUGCGUGUUUGUCACCUUGUGUUACAAAAUGUGAAGGAAUUAAUAAUUAUGUUUUAAUAAAGAUCUGUACAUUUUGACAAAA